ACACUGUAAACUCAAAACGUCCGUCGGACGGUGAUGUUAUUGUUCGGUUUGAAGAGUUUGGGGGAGGUCGGUGCUUUGUUUUUAUUUUGGGGGCUGUGAGCUACCACUAGCAGGCUAAUUCCACUCAGAUUUCAAACACCUGCAUUCCUGGACCGUGAUAUAUUUUAAUAAUAUAUCAUCAUAUUUAUCCAGGUAGUGGUAAGCUAACAAGUUAGGUCCCGAAGUAGCCGAUGGACGCCCGGGUAUCGGAGUUAUUUUGCUCAGGAAAUGGACACGGCUCUGGAUGUCAAGGUGUUGCGUCUAACGUCAAACCGGGAAUUGGCUAUGGGGUAGCCCCCAAAAAAGCUUGUGUAAAGAACAACAAGAAAGCCAAGGCGCGAUUCUCCCGCAACUUCAAACCAAGCAAUAACACCCCAUAUCUACCUCCAGAGGCUGAAGAGGGAAAUAUAGAGUACAAGCUGAAGCUGGUGAAUCCCACGCAAUACCGCUUUGAGCACCUGGCAACACAAAUGAAAUGGCGACUGCAGGAGGGUCGAGGCGAGGCUGUCUAUCAAAUAGGUGUUGAGGAUAAUGGCAUGCUGGUGGGACUACCAGAGGAAGACAUGAGGACAUCACUGAAGACACUCCAUAAGCUGGCGGAGAAAGUUGGAGCAGACAUCACUGUCCUCAGAGAGCGAGAGGUGGACUCUGACUCUGAUGUGCCUCAUAAGAUUGCUGAGGUUCUCAUUCGCAAGGUGCCAGAUGACCAGCAGUUCUUGGACCUGCGAGUAGCUGUACUGGGUAAUGUGGACUCGGGCAAGUCCACUCUCUUGGGUGUUUUGACACAAGGUGAGCUGGACAAUGGACGGGGAAGAGCGAGGCUCAACCUCUUCAGACAUCUACAUGAGAUCCAGACUGGACGUACUUCAAGCAUCAGCUUUGAGAUCCUUGGCUUCAAUAGUAAAGGAGAGGUUGUAAAUUACAGUGAGUCUCGAACAGCAGAGGAGAUUUGUGAGAGUGCCUCUAAAAUGAUCACAUUCAUUGAUCUGGCGGGUCACCACAAGUACCUGAAGACCACCAUCUUUGGCCUCACCAGCUACUGUCCGGAUUUCGCUAUGCUAGUUGUCAGCGCAAAUACCGGCAUUGCUGGUACGACACGGGAGCAUCUUGGCCUUGCCAUGGCCCUGAAGGUGCCCAUCUUCAUCGUCAUCAGUAAGGUGGACCUCUGUACGCGGGCCACAGUGGAGCGCACUGUGCGGCAGCUGGAGCGUGUCCUGAAGCAGCCGGGCUGCAACAAGGUGCCCAUGGUCAUAGGCAGUACGGACGAUGCCGUCACAGCAGCACAGCAGUUUGCCCAGUCGCCCAACAUCACACCCAUCUUCACCUUGUCCAGUGUGUCUGGAGAAAGUCUAGACUUGCUCAAGGUCUUCUUCAACAUCAUCCCUCCUCUCAGCAACAGCAAGGAGCAGGAGGAGCUUAUGCAACAGCUAACCGAGUUUCAGGUGGAUGAGAUCUACACGGUACCAGAGGUGGGGACUGUGGUGGGAGGUACUUUGUACAGUGGUAUCUGCCGUGAGGGAGAUAAUCUUGUAGUAGGGCCCACAGACUCAGGCCAUUUCCACAAGUUGACCAUCGGCAGCAUCCAAAGGAACCGCUCUGCAUGCAGGGUACUCAGGGCCGGCCAGGCUGCCACACUUGCCCUGGGCGACUUCGACCGGUCACUACUACGCAAGGGCAUGGUGAUGGUGAGUCCGGAGAUGGAUCCGACCAUCUGCUGGAUGUUUGAGGCUGAGAUUGUGCUGCUCUUCCAUGCCAAGACCUUCCACAAGGGCUUCCAGGUUACUGUGCACACUGGCAAUGUGAGACAGACCGCCACUGUCGAAGCUGUGUAUGGCAAGGAAGAGCUGAGGACAGGUGAGAAAGCAGUGGUUCUCUUCAAGUUCAUCAAGCACCCAGAAUACCUGAAGCUGGGGGCUAAGAUGCUCUUCAGAGAGGGCGUGACCAAAGGUAUCGGCCACGUCACCAAGUUGCAGCCCAUCGCCCAGUACCGGCCAUCCCAAAGCGAGGACGACGAAGCCUAAAGUUUCUCUGAGAACCACAACAGAAAACACCGUCCCACCCAAAAACAAGGUGCUUUAUUAACAGCCUCCUGCUUUUUCCAAAGGCCACUCUGCCCUGCUCUCUGCGCAGUAAAUCCCUGUCACAUGAUUUUGUUGUUUUAUCACCCUGUUCAAAAGCCUUGUUGUCACCAUCCUUCUCAUUUGUCCCCUUCAGCCUUUUAAAUAACUGUUUAUAUUUUAUUCUGCUUUCUGGUGUUGGGUGUUGCUCUUCAUGGCACUGAUAAGAGGAAACCCCUCAGCCACCUCUGUAACACAUUCACUUAGCAACAUCUACCAAAGUGAUUGACUGUCAAGAACACAUAGUUGCAAUGCACAGAUCAAUAAGUGGCAACUACGAAGUUGCUUUCUCACACCUAAGUUGAAGUGCUACUUACACAGUUUACACCUAAAUCCACUCCUAACACACACGUCGAAAAAGAUGCACCCGCACACUUGCACUGAAACAUAAAUGCCAGUGUUGAUAUACUUUUAGCAGAUUAUCGUUUACAAACUCCACAGUUGUACGAGAUGCUUGGACAUUAAGGUGUAACCUGUAUCACCAAUGUCAUUGUUGUCAUCAUGCCACAGCAGCUUGUCUGUGUUACCAGCAUAGUGCCUGACUGAGAAAGACAAGCCUCUGAUCUCACUGUAUUUGAAUACUCUUAAAUCAUACCCUUUUCUUAGUAACCGCUAAAGAAUUAUGCGAGACAAUAGUAAAAGCAUUGAGAUACUUUUGUGGUUCUCAAACACAGCUUGUCAGUUGUAUAUAAGCUCAAGGUAUGCAAGGUAUGCAAAGUUAGAACUUGACCCAGUUUGUAUGUCAGCCUGCCAAGAUAACUCACAUUGGCAAUCACCUUGUAACUGGUUUUGUUAUGUCACAUGUCUGUGAGAAUUACGUUUUUUUAUUCACAAAAAAUGCCUCACGAUAGUGCAGUGAGAUGGCAAUGAUCUUGCUGCCUACGUUUCAAGUGCUUUAGUUACUCAGGUCAGUGUAGAUAUCUUAUUAGACAGCAUUCCACUCUCACGGAACUACUCCAUUGGACGUUUCUGUUGCUGACUUGGGGAGAGGGAGGUUUGAGGGAAAAAAAGACAAGGGUGUUUCUCCCAAAGAGAUGUUUGAUAAUGGAUUAUAAAGCAUAUGAAGCUACCUACUGAUGCAGCUUUGUUUAAAAGCAAUUAUGUUUGAGGUACUUGAUGUCUCUCUUCACAAGUUACUGAUGUCACUGCCUGUGAAGGGGUUUAACACAGUGCCUGGUGGAACUACCGUUUGAGUAGCCUUCCAUUACACCCCAAAGUUUUACUACUUGGUAAAAGAUCUAAUUAAGUUGGUGCUACUCCUUGAAACAGCUUUUGAUAUUUAGAAGAUGACUUUGAAAAUGAAUGUUAAUUGCUACUCUGUUCAAGGCCGCUGUUGGCCUUAUCAUGUCUUAUCAUAGCAUGUUGAUUUAUACAUAGAUUGUUGUCCCACUGACAGAGAGGACAACUGAAAUAUGUGCCCUGAUUUGUUGCACCCAUGUUGUUGUUAUGCACAGUUUGAGUGCAAGAGGAAAAGACGGCAUUUCAACCAAAAUAUUUUUUAGCCUUUAUGAAGAGUUCUAUCAGGUGUUUGUUUUAAUGCAUCUGAGAAGUAUUUUAUAGAUUUCUUGUAGUUCCAGAUUUUACAAAUCAUUCACACAUUUUUCACUGUUUUCGCAGUCUCCUUAAUGACACCAACACAACUUCACUUUUUUGAAAUCACGUUUAAGACCUGUUCUCCUUUUAAUUAAGUGUAAUAUUUUAAUUAUUUGGGUGAAAUGCAAUAUUUAUGUACAGAUCCAAUUUGUGUAUCAUGAUGUACAUGAAUAAAACGUUUUAUUGUCUCUUUA